AUGCUGGCCCAUUUAGCUGCCAUUGCCUUCGCCGCUGGCACCAUGGCUACAGAUGGAAUCUUCCGCCAUCCCAUCGCCAAACCUACCUUUGAAGUUGAACUACUUUCAGGCCUCCCAUACAACAUAACGGUGCCUGGAGGCGAUAACGUCGCAGCAGUUCCUAACAGGGGUGGUAAAGUCUCUGGUGCUUUCAACGGGGAGAUUAUCGGCAACCUGACUGGAGCGCUCGAGACUUUGCUGCCGUCUGAUGUCGGCGAAUACACCCGAUGGGAGAAUGACCUAGUCUUCACCAAUGCCAACAAGGACCGCAUUCUAGUCUCGAUAACAGGGACAGUUACCUAUGCCAACGAGGCGCUCCAUGGAUUCGGAUAUGCUACCUUCAAGACCGAUAUCCCCAGUCUCCAGUGGACGAACUAUGCGAUGUUUGUGGUUGAAUGGCUGGCCGACUUUUAUACCGGUUCUGGUCAAGCUGAAAUAUUCCACAUCACAACCGGUGGUCGACUGGAUGGGAAACCAAUUGAUGCUCUCCUGCCCCCGGGAGAGGCAUGA